ACGGACGAGCCGUUACGUUUGAAUCAAGCGACUGACCCACCGUCCGUCUUUUGGCUGAGCUUGAGCCGCUUUACCGGCGUCGGUAAUCGGUUUGCUGCCCAUGAACGGUGCCAUGGCCGCGUCCUCACACCGGAUAAUGCUGGGCCCGCUGGUUGCUGCCAUUGACCAGGGGACGAGCUCUACUCGGUUCUUGGUGUUUAAUUCAAAAACAGCGGAGCUCCUCAGCCAUCACCAGGUGGAAAUCAAACAGAGCUUCCCCAAAGAAGGAUGGGUCGAGGAGGACCCCAAAGAGAUUCUGCAGUCGGUGUACGAGUGCAUGGAGCGGACGUGUGAAAAACUCACCCAGCUCAACAUAGACAUCUCAAACAUUAAAGCUAUCGGAGUGACCAACCAAAGAGAGACCACGCUGGUUUGGGACAAAGAGACCGGGGAGCCUCUCUACAAUGCGAUCGUUUGGCUGGACCUGCGGACUCAGUCAACGGUCGAGCGUCUCAUUAAUAAAACUCCAGGAAGGAAUAAGAACCACUUGAAGCAUAAAACGGGGCUCCCGAUCAGCACUUACUUCAGCGCGGUGAAACUCCGCUGGCUGAUGGACAACGUGGACGACGUGCACAAAGCCGUCGUGUCUCACCGCGCCAUGUUCGGCACCGUGGACUCUUGGCUCAUUUGGUGUUUGACAGGAGGGAAGUCAGGCGGUGUCCACUGCACAGAUGUGACCAACGCCAGCAGAACCAUGCUGUUUAACAUUCACACGAUGGAGUGGGACCCAGAACUUUGCAAAUAUUUUGGUAUUCCCAUGGAGAUCUUGCCCAGAGUGAGGAGUUCUUCAGAAAUAUAUGGCCUCAUGAAAAUAUGUUCUAGCCGGAAAUCUGGAGCUCUUUCAGGUAUUCCCAUUUCAGGGUGUCUCGGGGAUCAGUCAGCAGCACUCGUCGGACAGAUGUGCUUUCAGGAUGGACAAGCGAAAAACACGUAUGGAACGGGCUGCUUUCUCCUGCGAAACACUGGACCUAAGCCUGUAAUGUCUGAUCACGGCCUCCUCACCACUGUAGCGUACAAACUCGGCCGGGAUAAACCUGCCUGUUAUGCACUGGAGGGCUCUGUGGCCAUUGCAGGAGCUGUGGUUCGUUGGCUGCAGGACAAUCUCGGGAUCAUCGGAUCAUCUGAAGAGCUCGAGAAGUUGGCUGCAUCCGUCGGUACGUCCUACGGCUGUUAUUUUGUUCCUGCAUUUUCGGGUCUUUAUGCACCUUACUGGGAGCCCAGUGCGAGAGGGAUCAUUUGCGGGUUAACUCAGUUUACAAAUAAGAGUCACCUCGCAUUUGCUGCUCUGGAAGCUGUCUGUUUCCAGACACGAGAGAUACUGGACGCCAUGAAUCAGGACAGCGGCAUCCCGCUAACUCAGCUCCAGGUGGACGGAGGAAUGACGUCCAACAGGUUGCUGAUGCAGCUGCAGGCAGACAUUCUCUGUAUCCCCGUCGUGAAGCCGUCCAUGCCUGAGACCACAGCGCUCGGUGCAGCGAUGGCAGCGGGAGCAGCAGAGGGGGUGAGCGUGUGGAGUCUGAACCCAGAGGACCUGAGUGAAGUCACCUCUGAGAAGUUCGAGCCUCAGAUCAACACUGAAGAGAGUGAGUUUCGGUACGCCCGGUGGAAGAAGGCGGUGCAGAAAUCCAUGAACUGGGAGACGACAGAGCCUGUUUGUAAUGGAAACGGUGAAACUAGUAUCUUCAGCAGCGCCCCGCUGGGCUUCUACAUCAUUGGCAGCAUGUUGAUGUUAAUUGGUGCAAAAUACCUCGCAGGCCGCAACUAGGCUCCGACUCCCGGAGGCAUUGAAGCAAAGAGGGAAGUGGAGACAAACAGCUGGACCACCACUUGUACUCUCAGCUGCACUCGUUUCCAAAAGGAAUUCCAGGAUAAAGACGUUCCUGCUGAAUCUUACUGGAAAAUGUUUGACCUGACUCACUGAACUUUGUUAUUUUUCCCUGUGUUUUUUUUUUUUUCAUUUAAUUUGAAUGCAUUUUUUUCAGCAGCAGACAAGAACACAUUGGUACAUUAGAUUUAUUUUAGCAGGAGUGUGCAUGCAGUAUUUUCUUUUUCUUUUUUUUACAAUGUUGAGAUGGUAUGAACUUCUGAGCUUAUUUAUGUAGAAACCAAUGCUAGUGCAGAUUGUUGUCCACAGCUGUGUCAAGUGAAGUUUGCUGUUUAAUUUGCUUUAUUUGCUGUUCGUCAAAUUCACUGUUACCCUUGAAUGGUAGUCUAACGGGCAUCCUGUAAUGUUUUGUUGUUGGAGACCCUCCGCUAUGAGCUACAGAAGAAUUUUUAGAGCACUUUAUAUUUUUGUUUUGUCUUGUGGGAGCUGUGUACUAACAGAGUCUAAUAUAUAUAUAUAUAUAUUUUUUUUUUUUUCUUCCUAACAGUUGGGAUUAAGAGACAGAAAGAAAGAGUUAGUUUGUGGUUAAAUGAAAACAAAGGAAGGACUGAACUGACGAGGUUGCUUCUAUGCUUUUGUAAGCAGGAAUAAUACGUGUUGUGUAAUAGCUAUGAAGGGCAAAAAUGAAUUGGCAGACAAUUAGAAUUUCUGUGUUCACGUAUAUGAAUAAAUGGUGAAUUUGACACGUUUAAAAAAAAUCUCCCAAAGCUAGAAACCAACUAAGAACAUCAUAAGGGACAAAAACUGACGCAGCUAUUAAUAAGUUAUUUAUUUUGGUCUCAGAUUUUUUUCAUCCCCGGACGCUCGAUUUCAUUACAGUAUGAAUUUUUUAAGGCCUGUCACGGUUCAGAUUCAGAUUUAACAUUCUCCACAUGUAAUGAAAUAGGCAAAAAAAUGUAGUAUUGUUCCUCUGGUGUUUAUCAGGGGAAUUUACACAUAGCUGUCUAGUUACUCUUUUAUCAACGUCAAAUGCUUAAAAAAAAGUUUAAUUAACUUCUGUGACGUGCAAAACGUCAAAUAUGCAAAAAUCUUGUGCAGAACAACUCGAACGCAAAUGUUUUAUUUGCAUUGUUAAAGAAGACUCUUGGUGAACGUCUGUCGCACUAAAAUGUUAAGAGUGCAGUGUUUUGUCUCUGAUUAAAUUAUUUAAAUUAAUGCUUAAUUUAAAAUAAGAUUUAUGAAUCCAUAGGGACAGAAAUUCGUUCCUUUUGCUCUGUAGAGAAGGUCGGAGGAGUUAACCUUGACAGAAGUAGAAGCGAGUAAACAAACGUCAGUGUUUAAUCUGUUGCCUCUGGUUGUUGUAUUUGUCUUUCUGUGUUGGAACAAAUAGAGAACCAGUGUUCGUCUGGAUAGAAGCAGAACGGGUAUUUUGUUUAAGAAAUGGUUAAGCGUCUGCUCUGCGUUGUCAGGCUAUUAUUUGUCAAACUGAAAGUAUGAAAUUUCUGCGUUCAAAGGCUCAAAGUGCUCUUCCGGGAUGUAAACACCAUUUACAAAUGUAUAUUUAUGAAUGAAUUGAAUAUAUGCGAAAAGUCAUCAUGAGUUGGGAGGCUUUGACUUAAGUGUUUACAUUUUGAGAAAUAGAUUUAAGCAUGAAAGCAAAGUACGCUACCAAUUCUCAUGUAAGACCUUUUUAACUGUGAAACUGCUGGUUUUAAUGAUGAAUUGAAACUACUCCACACUCUUGCACUCUGCAUGGCAUUACCUUCAACUCAUUCACAGUGGAAUAUAAAAAGUGUACAAUACUGUCCUUAAUAAAUUAAAAGGGGGCAUUAAACCCUAAAUGUGA